AUGGUUCGGACAUUUACUAAUUUAUACUUUAUAUGCGGGUUGGCAACUUUGGGGGGGUUGCUGCAGGGUUUCGAUGUUUCUUCUCUUUCUGCUAUUUUAGCUACACCACAGUACAAAGAGUACUUUUCGAAACCUGACUCUGUCACCCAGGGGGGAAUCACUGCCUCUAUGGCUGGUGGUUCCCUCCUCGGAGCCUUGCUUGCUUCUUGGACUGGAGAUCGUGUCGGCCGUCGCGAUUCCAUGGCCAUUGCAUGCGUCAUCUUCAUUUGUGGAUCAAUCCUUAUGAGUGCUGUGCAGAACCGGGCCAUGCUCAUUGUGGCGCGAAUUGUUAAUGGGUUUGCUGUCGGUAUGCUUACAAGUCAAGGACCGAUUUACAUUGCCGAACUCAGCCCGGCCAAGCGACGUGGUCAGCUUAUUUCCCUGCAGCAGUGGAUGAUUACAUGGGGCAUCUUGAUCAUGUAUUACAUAUCGUAUGGAACCUCGUUCAUCCAGUCGACUGCCUCAUUCCGACUUCCUUGGGGGCUGCAGAUGAUCCCGGCUAUGGCCCUCCUAGCCUGCAUCCCGUUCAUGCCCAGGUCUCCCCGUUGGUUAGCCAAGAAAGAUCGUUGGGAAGAAGCACUCGAAACGCUUGCUUCCGUUCGAUCUGGCGGAGAUAGAAUGAAUGCAGAAGUCCUCGCCGAGAUGCAAGAAAUCAGGGAGCGUGUUCAGUUGGAAGAACAAUAUAAUUCUACCAGCUGGAUGGAGCUGUUUACCUCACGAAACAUUAUCCGUGUCCACGUCGGAAUCUUUGCACAUGUCUGGGCUCAAUAUUCCGGUACCAACGCAUUCAUGUACUACAUCACAUUUCUGUUCCAGAUGGCUGGUCUAUCGGGCACAAACAACUUGACCAUUUCCAGCAUCCAAUACAUUAUCAACACGGUGAUGACUGUCCCUGCACUACUAUUUAUCGACAAAUUACCUCGCCGCAAAGUAAUGAUGUCGGGCAGUUUGCUCAUGGCCAUCCUGUUGUUCAUUGGCGGCGCAGUUAUGGCAACUCAGGGACAUCCAGUACCAGGAGGUCUCAAGGGUAGCCCGACAAUUACCUGGGUCAUCGAGGGCGGAGCUGCUAGCAAGGCCAUUAUCGUGUGCAGUUACUUGUUCAUUGCAACAUUUGCGUGUACUUGGGGACCCAUGGGUUGGAUUUAUCCUUCUGAGAUCAUCCCGCUAUACAUCCGUUCCAAGGCAGUUUCACUAGCGACGCUCUUCAACUGGGGGUGCAACUUUAGUCUCACCUUCUUUACACCUCCAGCAUUCCAAAACAUCCAGUGGCGGUUCUACAUGAUCUUUGCAUCGUUUUGCCUGGCGGCAUUUGUCCACGUGUUCCUUUUCUUCCAGGAGACACAGGGUAAGACGUUGGAAGAGAUGAAUGACAUUUUCGACAAUAAUACAUUUGCGUUUGGCAAAAUUAAGGUGCCAGAGGAGCGGUUCGAGGAUUUAGUGGAGAAAGCGCAACAGAAGUUUGCGCCAGAUGGAAAGGCCAUUGCCGAGGCAUGA